GCCACAGGCGCCCGUUGUGACGCGUCGGGAGCCUUACCCGGGUCCGGGGCUGAUGUGCACCGGGGAGUCUGGGCGGGGAGAGGAGCCCACCCCGCUCCUCCUGGGGCCGAGUCCUCCCCGGACCUUCAGUGUUGACUGCGCUGAGGAGUGCGUGUCCCCGGGGCUCCGCCACUGGCUCUGAGGAGUCUGAGCCCCGUCCCGGUGAGUCCGCCCGAGGGCCGGGAGAGGGUGCGCCGAACCCAGGGAGCCCGAAGCUUCCCGCCCUGCGCGCCCGCGGCCUCGGGCGCCCACUCUGCGGCCUCAGCCCCAGAAGCGUCCCCGGGACCCACCCGGAGGCGCCUGCAGCCGCGGGGCAAGUCAGAGACACCGCGCGAUGAAAUUUAGUUCAAUUUUACUUUCCUGGCUUCUGCGGAUGCAAACCUGUGUUGAUGGAGAAAUUACAGACUGAACUGAGUUUGUUCAACUUCUACUUUUCUCAUAAUGGAAGUGCAAGGGUAAGGCAGAUGUCAGCUGAACUAUUGGCAAUGCAACCACUGGAGUCGUUGGCCUUUAAAGAUGUAGCUGUAGACUUUCCCCAAGAAGAAUGGGCUCUCCUGAACAAAUCACAGAAAAAGCUCUUCAGAGAUGUGAUGGCAGAGAUCAUCAGUCAUCUGGUUUCAGUGGGAUUUCAGGUCUGCAAAUCAGAUGUGCUUUCUCAGUUGGUGCAAGGAGAGGAAUUGUGGAGAGAAGGAAUAGUAUUUCUCCAAAACCAGAGUUCAGGUAGGGAAAAUGGCCUUAAAAAACAAGAAAUGAUGACUAUACAAAGUAUCCACAGGAAAGAAGCAUCUAUCAUCAUGUCAUUGAAAUCUCACACUCCAAAGAAUCUCUAUAAAUGUAAAGAUUUGCUAGAAGAAUUCACAAACAGAUCUGCCAUUUCUCAACAUGUGUUAAUUCAGAAGGAAAAGAAACCCUAUUUCAGCAGACUACUUAGAAAUGCCCUCAGUGACUGGUCAUCUUUUUCUCAAUGUAAGCAAGUUCACAUCAGACAUAAAUUAUACGAAUAUCCUGUAAGUGGUAAAGCCUUUAUUCAAACCUCCAGCCUUAGACAAUACAAUGGAUCUGCUAUUGGAGAGAAACCCUUUGAAUGUCCUCAAUGUGGGGAUGUCUUCUGUGAUCCUUCUUACCUUAGGCAACAUGAGAGAAAUCACACCGGGGAGAAACAAUAUCCGUGUCAUCAAUGUGGGAAAGCCUUCACUGAUUGUUCUAACCAUAGACGUCAUGAGAGAAUUCACACUGCGAGGAAAGUGUUUCAGUGUCAUCUUUGUGGGAAAGCCUACCUUCAUCAAUCUACCCUUAGGCUACAUGUGAGAACACACACUGGAGAGAAACCGUAUCAGUGUCAUUUAUGUGGGAAAACCUACACUCAGUGUUCUAACCUUAGGCGACACGAGAGGACUCACAACAGGAAAAAACCCGAUGAAUGUAAUUUAUGUAGGAAAGCCUUCAAUACAUGUCCUCACCUUAGAGACCAUGAGAGAAUUCACAUUGGUGAGAAACCUUUUGUAUGCCAUCUGUGUGGGAAAGCCUACACUCAUUGUUCUAACCUUAGGCGACAUGAGGUGAGUCACAGUGGAAAGAAAUCCUAUGAAUGCCAUCUAUGUGGGAAAGCCUUUGUGAAACAUUCUCUCCUUAAAUCACAUAAGAGAACUCACCAUGAUAAGAAACCUUAUGAAUGUCAGGUGUGUGGGAAAGCCUUUACUCAUUGUUCUUACCUUAGGCAACAUGAAGUAACUCACACUGGUGAGAAACCAUAUCAGUGCCUUCUAUGUGGGAAAGUCUAUGGUCAUUGUUCCAACCUUAGGCGACACGAGAGAACUCACAAUGGAGAGUAACUAUGAAUGCCAUCUCCGUGGCAAAGCUUCACUUCAUGUUCUCAUCUUAGAGACCAUGAGAGUACUCACUGGAGAAUGUUGCCUAUGUGGGAAAGCCUUCAUCUUUUGUUCUGGCCUUAGACACCAUGAGAAAACUCACACUGGAGAGCAAUCUUAUGAAUGCCAUGUCAUAAAGCUCUCACUUGUUCUGCUUUGGUGAUGCGAGAGAAUUCACAAUGAGGAUAAACUACAUGUGUGAUCUAUGUGUGAAAGCCUUCACUCUUUCUGGAUUUAGAUGACGUGAGAGGAUUCACACUUGAGAGAAAUUGUAUGAAUAUCUUUGUAUGGAUGGCAAAACCUUAGGUUUAUUUUUGUAAUCUUAGGCAAUACAAGAGAAGUUAAAUUGAAGGGAAAACCAUAUAAAAGGUGUAUACAUGGGAAAGCCAUCAGGCAAUGUACUGACUAUAGAUGUGACAGCACUCAGUAGAAGUGUGUAUGUAGAAGAGAUUGCAGCAUAGAAUUAACCAUUAUGCUACAGAACUCACAAACUGAAGAAACACUGUUUGUAAUCAAGAAGGAAAGGCUUUUCAUCAUCCUUACUACUUUUGUUAAUCUAAACAAAUACAUGCUAUAAAGAAUCAGUAUGAAUGUCUUCUGUGUAGCAAAACCUGGUGUUGAUGGUUUCAUGACACAAAACUAGUGAACUGGCAAUACAAAUGUAAAAGCAGAAGAGUCUUCAUCUACUACUAUAAGUCAUAAACCAGAGAGAAACAUGUUAGAGAAAUCCUAUGUCUGUAAUCAUUGUGGGAAUGCCUUAAUUUGUGUUAACCUUUCAUUGAAAUGAGUGAAUGCAACAGGAGAGAAACUCUAGGCUUGUAAUCAGUAUAUAUAACCAUUUAGCCAAAUACCAAAUUUGGUGUGCAAAAGGAAAUUCAUUUUAGGAAUAGCCACUAAUAUGAAAAAUAAUAGUGAAAAGUCUAUUAGUAGGAUAUAAUCCCUAGGGGAAGUGCCAGAUGAUUCAUGCUGGAAAAGUUAGCCAAUGCAAAUCAUGAGAAAUCAUUUAUUCAGAUUUGUUGGUAAUGUAGGAAUUCACAUUAUUCAAAGCACUCAGGGUCAUAAAUGAAGGAAAAUCUUUAGUGAUUAUUCAUUUUCUGGUAGUAUUAAUAUUUUUCCACUGGGAAGGCAAUCAUCCUGAAGGUAAAAUAGGUCAACCCUUAGCUGGCUUUCACAUCAAAAAACUCAGACUGGAAAAUAUAAUUUAUAGGUACCCAAUUUAGCAAAGAAUCCUGAAUCUAUAAAAGCCUUAUGAUUGAAAAUAUGUAGGUAAGCAAUGUAGGAUUGUGGGAAUAUUGAAUGAAGAAGUUUGUAAGAAUGUGAAAUGAGAUUCAAUUCAAUAGAUUAGUAAUUGCACAUAUGGAAACAAAAAUUGUUGCUGAAAAAUCUAACUUGGCAAAGUCCUGGUUUUUUUUUUUUUAUCUAGCUCUAAAGAGAAAUAUUUGCAUACUGGAAAAUAACUGAAUGAAAAUUGAAACAUGGAACAGAAAAUGAUGUACCUUACACUUAUGUUAAUAUUACAACAUGUAUGUGCACUUCAGGGAUAAAUAUUCUUUAAAAGUCUGAUUUCAAUUUUAAUUGCCAUUGAAUAUUGGCAUCAAAACUUAGGAAAGUAUUAAAAAUUAAUAUUUCAAUAAAAGAAGUAUUUCAGCCCUUGGAA